AUGUACGGCCCUUCGCUUCCUCAAGCCGUCAUUCUCUCUAUAGCAUCGACUCUCCAGUUCUUACUUGCUAUUUUCAACUUCUACCAUACAUAUACACGAUCGCUUCAGACCUUUCAGCGUCCGGAGCCCCUAAACGUAAGAUAUAGGCGCACAUUUACAAUAGUGGUGGCUAUGAUAUCUUUUGCCGGCAUAGUAACUACUAUAAUAUUUGCGAGCUUUCUUUGGGCGAGCGGUGAACUUUGGAUACCAUACCUGAGCGGGACAAUUAUCGUCUGGAGUAUGAUCGGUGAGCCGGUGCUGGUCGCUGGGACUUCAAGUGGCGGCCAGCGGUCGUUUGCCCCUAUUCCUCUCGCCUGCAUAUCGGUUGGGACUUGUUCCUUAUUUGUGGCCGGUCUCAUCAUGGUUGUCCAAUACCAGCUAGCCACCUUGGGCCGUACGUUAUAUGACGUCUCGAUCUAUACGUACCGAUUUUGGAUGGUAUGGGAGUGGCUACGUAUCGCGCAGGAUACGUCACAGAACCAAGGUUGCAUUGCUAUACACCAUCAGCUUCGUGUUCUAGUCUUCGGUGCUAGCGUAUUCGGACAACGAUUCAACACUGUAACUGAAGAACUUGUCUAUAUGACUAUUUUAUUUGUCACAUACGACGUUAUUGCCGUAUUAGCGAGAUACCUGAAACGGCGGGAUUACCAGGAGAGGGAACACCCAGUAUUGGGUAUUCUGCUGAGAAGUAGGCCCUCUAGUGUUAGAAAUGGUGUAUAA